AUGAAAAAACUAUUGCAAGAGUUGGAUGAAUCCAUUUCCAGCGCUGAUGGAAGUCAAGUGUGUUAUUAUUUGGAUGAAAAUUAUUUUUAUGAAUUAUUUGUACAAGGAUCGGAAGAGGAAGAUCCAGUGGAAAGUAUGCCAUCAUUGGAUAGUGUAAAACAGCUAGUUAAUAAGAAUGUUUCUCAUCAAAAACAUCGAACCUAUAUAACAAAUUAUUAUCAAUCAUUAAUUUAUUGUUUUGAUAAAGAGGAUUACAUGUCAGCAUUUUCUUCAAUGAAAGAUACACUUCGUGAAUUUACUUUACAAGUUUAUGAACAUGAAAAUAAUUGGACAUGUCCUAUUAUUCAAUAUUUGAGUAAUGCACUUUAUAGGAUGGGAUUAAAGGCUCAAGUAGUUUUUGAACAAGAUGAAGGAAAUGAAGAUUCAUCUGGUAUGGUAAAACAAAGCCCACUUGAACAAUCUGUUCCAACUAUACAACAAGCUUAUGCCACCUCUGUAAAAGAUAGAGGUGAUUUAAGUCUUUCUAAGAAAUGGGGAGCUUUAUAUCUUGUAAAUAUACUUAUGAGAAUAUAUUUCAAAUUGAAUAAUAUUGGUUUAAUGAAGAAAUUGAUUGACACUGUAGAGACAAGUAAGACUCUUCCUGAGCUUGACUUGUUCCCUAUAGGUCAACAAGUUACUUUCAAAUUUUUCUCUGGAAGAGUUGCCAUUUUCCAAGGAAAAUUUAUUAAAGCUAAAGAGGAUUUGGAAUUUGCUUUAGACAAUUGUCAUGAAGAUUAUGUAAAAAACAAAAAGAUGAUUAUUCAAUAUUUGGCUUGUGUAAAUUUAAUGCUAGGAAAAUAUCCAACUUCAUGGCUGUGUGAUAAGCAUGGAUUGAUUGAGUUUAAAGGCCUCUCAAAGGCAUGUAGAACUGGAGAUUUAAAGAGUUAUAGGAAGAGUUUGAGAGAUAAUAUGGAAUUCUUCAUAAAGCACGGAACAUAUCUCAUGCUGGAGAAUGCUCAAAUAGUUGUUUACAGAAAUUUAUUGAGAAGAGUGCAUCAAUAUCAUGAACAGUCUUCAAGAAUUAACAUUUCAUCAUUUUUGGGAGCUCUUAAAUUUGUAGAGGAAGAUCCAGUCACUAUCGAUCACGCAGAAUGCAUGAUUGGUAAUUUAAUUUCACAAGGCUAUGUCAGAGGAUACAUGUCACACGAAAAACAAAUACUUGUUCUUAGUAAGAACAAUCCAUUCCCUAAACUUUUUGACCUCUACUCAAUAGUAGACGAAUAA